AUGCAAGUAGGCAAACCACGAAUCACUAUAAAUGUUCAAGGCGAAGAACCCACCCAGUAUAAUGGAGGGUUGAAAUCAUACUCGACAUUGGACACUAUUAAGGGAGAGGUGACUAUUAUUGCAACUACAGCAGACAUUCGAUUCGAUGAUGUCCAGGUUACAUUUGAAGGGAAACAACGAACAUGGAUGGAUAGAAUGGGGGCCACGCCCGCAACAUCGGGCCGAACUUCUUCGACAAUCACAUUUCUCAAGCUGACCCAGCCCACGGAUGAAACCUUGCUGCCGCAUCCCCGCAUCUUGGAAAGGGGAAGGAAGUACAUAUUCCCAUUCACCUUUGUAAUUCCCGAACGCCUCCUCCCAACGGCCUGCACACACACGCUCAAAAACGACUCAGUCCGAGACUCGCAUCUCCAACUACCCCCUUCUGCUGGCGACCCCUCUCUUGCAACAGAUCAGGGGUGCCUAGCUGAUGAUUUAUUCCCGGACAUGACUCUAGUAUCUUAUUACAUUCAAGCCAAGUUGGUGCGCCGCCGAGAGUCGGACGGAAAAGCUGUUUCGCUCGGAGAUACGUUUCGGAGAGUGCGUAUCCUCCCAAUCGUGGAGGAGCUUCCGCCAGUGCAUAUAGAAGACCAUCCGGGCGAGUAUGUGAUGCGUGCGGAGAAGGAUAUCAAAAAGGGAUUCUUCAAGGGGAAAAUGGGACGCUUGAUAGUGGAGGCCGAGCAGCCUAGGUCAUUGCGGUUAUCGAAAGACUCACUAUGUCCAGCGACAACGAUGGUGCCAGUGUCGCUCUGGUUCGUCCCUGCAGAUGAAGCGCUAGAGCCGCCAAAACUAGGGAGUUUGACUGCAAAGUUGAAGGUGUUGACCUUCUAUUCAACAUCCCAACUUAGUUAUAUUCCGGGACCAAGCUCCAAAAACGGAGACCCGUCAUUAGGAUAUUAUGGCGAAUCACUACUACUAUCAUCAAGGUGUAUGGAGAGUGCCAAAUGGGUUAAACAACCAUUAGCACCUGGUCCAGCGACAACAUAUAAAACAACCGUUCUAGUCCCCGUUACUGCUCCGAAAUGUAAAGAGCUUGUUCCAAGCUUUACAUCGUGUCUCAUGUCCCGCUCUUAUACACUCGAUCUCUCCAUAUCCGUACAAGCAUCCACCCAUACCAGCCCUUCCGUCUCGCUGAAACUUCCAUUGCAAGUCUCACACCCUGCUACUCCUUCCUCGCCAGUCCUUACAGUAGCCAAUCCAAAUAUCGACGAAUUCUUUACCCCACGCUCUAUAGCUCCUCCAGAGUUAGAGCAGAACAGAUCUGGACUGCCAGGAUAUUCAAUACUUUCUGGACGCGAGGUACCUGUGAGGAUACCGUCCCCAGUUGGGAUCUCGCCUGGGUGCGGUUGA